UUUAGAUGGAGAAUGAAAAUUCUAAUAAUAAUAUUAAGAAUUGACAAAUAAUUUCAAGUGAACGUUUUGUACGCGAUCUUGAUCUCAAAUUGGCAUACAUUCUAUGAAGUUUGGCAAAUUCUUAUCGUUCAUACGUUACAAUGGAUACUACCAUUCAGUACGAAAAACCACUUUCUGAUUACAGACGAACUGAACGGCAAGAGAUGAUGAUAGCUCCUCCAUUGGAUUUGUCGUUUAAAAAAGCAACAACAAUGAUUGAAUUGGCAAAUAAACGGCCACAGUCAGUACGAACGGGUAAAGUUCCAUUACGAACACCUGCGGAUCGUUUUGUAACAUGUUCUUUAUGGUUAAGCAAUAAUUUAUUAACUUCAAUGAACGGAUUUGAAAAUCUUGCACAAAAGCUUCUCGAUGAUCCAUCACAUCUUAGUUGGCUUGAUCUUUCUUUUAAUGAGAUAGAACAUAUUGGGGAUGACAUUAUAAAAUUUCCGAAUUUAAAAAUUUUUUAUCUCCAUGGAAACAAUAUUUCGGAUAUCAAUGAUGUUGUAAAAUUGAAAAAGUUACAAACUCUAAGAUCUUUAACGUUACAUGGAAACCCCAUUGAAAAUCUUCCAUAUUAUAGAGGAUACAUCGUUCAUAUUCUGCCACAAUUAACGGCGCUAGAUUUUUCAGCAGUAUUAUCAGCCGACAAGAAGAAAGCAGCACCAGCUGGGUUUUAUAAAAUGAUACACAGUCGUACAUGAAUAUAAAAUUUUAUUUUGUAUUAAAUACACGCUU